GGGACCCUGCGCCGUGUCCCCGGUGGCGCCAUGUGAGGGGUGCCGGGAUGCCCCCCCCAUGGAGCACCGGCCAUGGCUAACGGGUACCGCACGCUCUCCCAGCACCUCAACGACCUCAAGAAGGAGAAUUUCAGCCUCAAGCUGCGCAUCUACUUUCUGGAGGAGCGCGUCCAGCAGAAGGGCGAGGGCAGCCGGGACGAUGUCUACCGGCGGAACAUUGAGCUGAAGGUGGAGGUGGAGAGCCUGAAGCGGGAGCUGCAGGAGAAGCAACAAGCCCUGGACAACACAUGGGUGGCUGCGGAGAACCAGACAACCCGCAGCCAGGCAGCACUCCGGCAGCAGUAUGAGGAGCGGCAGCGGGAGUCGGAGCAUGUCUACGAGCUCCUGGAGAACAAGAUCCAGCUCCUGCAGGAGGAGGCCAGGCUGGCACGGAGUGAGGCCGAGCAGGCUACGGCGCUGGCCAGAGCCGAGGCGGAGCGGUGCCGGGAGCUGGCAGGGAAGCUGAAGGGAGUGGUGAAGCGUUGGAAGAGGCUGCCCGGGGAGGCGCCGCGGCCACCGCGCAUGCGUGCGGCUGGCUGUCGCCGCCAUAUUGAAAUCUGA